AUGCUGGAAUUUGCAACGAUUUUAAUAGAAUCUGAAGACAUAAAUAUGUUAAAUAUUGUUAUAGGAUACAUCUUAUUAUUUAUUACUUCAAUCUGGACAAUAGACGGUUUAAACGUUGCUGACUGUACUCAGGAUUGCGUUUGGGAAAAGAAAUUUGAAGUACAGGAUGAGUCGAAUGCAGGUACGAACACAUCACUGACAGAAAAUGAUGGGACGUAUGAUGAAGGAAAUGAUUGGUCAUAUUCAAAUUCUUCUUCCAAAACCAAAAAAAGCAAGAAAUGUGCAAAGAGGCAGAAUGGAAAAAAGUUCUUGAAUUCACGUGUUGAUGGUACGCCCUAUUCUCCAGCCUCUAAUAAAUAUAAUUAUUUCAUUUAUCCGGGCCGUAGUUAUCAUUCGUGUCAAAAUAUUGAUAAUAAUUCAAGGUACUCCGAUGCGCAUAUUGCGUCUCGUGAGAAGCCUAAGCGCCAAAAUGCAGGAAAUCCCAAUAGACGAAAAUUAGGAAGCGCUAAUAGUAGAAAUUCUAAAAGCGCCAAUGGACGGAAAAUUGAGAAUCCAUAUCGUCAACAUGUUAGGGAACCACCCAUUGAACGCUUUGCGCAACUGCCUCUCCAAUAUUCUCUGGGACCAUCUUACCCAUAUUUUAGAAGAACAGACCAUCAUUAUUUUGGCAACCCACAUGACAUAAAUUUAGGAAGGAAAAAUCUUCCAUAUGUGGAUUAUGAUGACGCCAAAUCCUCUAGCACUUCGCAUCGAAGUUAUGAGGAUAUUCGACGUGUCCCUAUUGAGGACGACGAUGAUGACAGUGAGAGCUCAAGCUCUGAUGAAGAUAACCUUUCAAUUUAUUCAAUGAAUGAUUCCCUAUGUAGCCACCCUAGAAAUCCCUACAAAAAUAAAGGACACAGUGGACACCACGGACCAUAUGGAAGAGAUGAUCAUUCAGUGUACUCUGAUACGUACAAUCCUCAUUCUUUAAAAGGCACUAAAUAUGUAAGUUCCGAACAUGGUAGUCAUAAUGCACUUGAAGAUAAUGAUGUCAAGAAAGAAACUGAAUUACCAUUACCAGACGAGCACUACAGACUUCCUUUUAAAAAAGGGCACCAUCCUUAUAAAGAUAGUGAAUGUGUUGUAAGUGAACAAGACAACAAUAAUGACGAAAGUUAUGACUUCACAAUAAUGCCCCAUUUUAAGAAAUGUUGUUGUGUUAAUAAACGUAUAAAACAUUAUAUAAAAAAGUAUAAUGGAAAGCUUGCAAAACAAUUACCUUUCCUUGGUACCGCUUCUUUCAUUGGGAGUAUCGUAUUUUCGUUCUUGGUGGAAAAUAUAGCAUUACCCGUUAUAUUUAGUAUUUUAUCCUUUAUAUUCACGUCCUACUAUAUCAAAAGAUUAAAAAUGAAAAGGAAAAAAAAGAAACGAUUAAGAAGUGAAUAUUAUAUGAAGCGAUAA